UCACUCUCGAAACCUCAACCACCAGUGCAGAGACCACGACUGAAACAGUGACGACAACAUCAACUCUAGAACCAACAAGUUCAACAGCACAAACAACUGCAAGCAGCUCCGCUUCAACAUCAGCAGUGGAAUCGAUAACAGCUUCAACCACACAGGGCACUACUUCAACUGAAACAUCAACUGCAAGUACAGUAACCACUACUGGAGUACCGAGUUCUACGUCAACUGCUGCGUCCACCAGUACAGCUGAAUCAACAACUACAAGCAGCUCCACUACAACCCCUGCAGCUGAAUCCACGACAACUGAAACAACACAAGGACCUACAACAACUGAAACAUCAACUGCAAGUCCAGAGACAACCACUGCACUGGCAACCUCUUCAUCAACUCUUGCAUCAACUACCACAUCUGGUGCAACAAGCACCGUGACUUCCACUCCAGCAUCGACCAGCAUCUCAACAUCACCGCUCACUACCAGUACAGAAACAUCAACUGCAAGUACAGGGACCACUACUGGAGUACCGAGUUCUACGUCAACUGCUGCAUCCACCAGUACAGCUGAAUCAACAACUACAAGCAGUUCCACUACAACCCCUGCAGCUGAAUCCACGACAACCGAAACAACACAAGGGCCUACAACAACUGAAACAUCAGCUGCAAGUACAGAGACAACCAUUGCACUGGCAACCUCUUCAUCAACUCUUGCAGCAACUACCACAUCUGGUGCAACAAGCACCGCAAGUUCCACUCCAGCAUCGACAAGCAUCUCAACAUCACCGCUCACUACCAGUG